AUUUUAAACACAGAUUAUACUACAAUAAAACACAAUUACCAGCAAUUGGAAAGAAAUGAAGCAGCAAAUUCAAGUUCAUAGCAUUGAUCUUAGCUACAAUCACAGUGUUAGUCAGUAGGGAACACAUUAUUGAUUAGCAAUGAAAUUAUACAAAGAUGAUACAGUAAUAAUCAAAGUCAGGCAAAUAGAUAGAGUAGUAAUCCGAUUAAUAACUCCAUUUAUACAAAAAAUUACAAACAAUAAUCCCCGCGGACAGAAAAGCACAAAUCCAAAGAGCCAAAAGCACCAAUUUCACCACGAGAAGGUAUAUAAUUAUGAUAAAUAUAAAAAUUCAUACACGGCAGGAACUGGAAAUCGAGAUUCAACCACGGCAACGGGUGAUGGCACUGCAUCCACGUCUGUAGGGAGUGGCCGGAGCUCCGGGACCGCAGUUGUAGUAGGACUGACCCCGUCGAGAACAAGGGACUUUGUCACGAUUUAGUGCACCGUAGCUAAUGUAUCUCCGCCGGUACGCUAACAGCCGCCUGCUGCUUUCAGAAUCCAGCUCAAACUCGUCCCCACCCAAGCAAUCACCAAUCGAUCCCUCGCAGAUCUUCGAUGAAGCCGAAGACGUCACCAUCGGUAGGUAACCGAUCUCGUAAACUCCGGUCGUCGCUGUGGCAACGGUGGACGACAGUAGCAUCACAGUAAUGAUAAGGAUUUGGAACAUCGUGAGAUUUCCCGAUGCAUUUUCCUGCUUCGCCAUUUAUUUCGGUGGCUCAGUUUUCUCCAGAGGAAUUGAAGAGAGAGAAAGAGAGUUGCAGGUUUUAUGAUAGAAAUGAGAAACGGACGGUAAUGUAGUCUUGUAGAAG